AUGCAUACCGAUACCUUCCAUCUCUACUCAUACUUCUGCUCCUCAUGCUGUCAACGAAUCAUAAUCGCCGCUCACCUCAAGGGCAUCCCUCUUGAAUACACCUACAUCGACCUCGGUACCAAAGAGCACACAACAGACGAAUACAAACAAUCAAACCCCAGCGCCAGCGUGCCUACUCUGAUAGUGACAAGUGCCAACGGUGAAAAGACCAUCCUGCGUCAAUCCAUGACAAUCCUAGAAUAUUUCGAGGAACGGUUCCCAGAUAUAUCUCCACUUCUGCCUACCAAGUUACAGGAUCGUGUGCAGGUGCGCGAUCUAGUAAAUAUCAUCGCGAUCGAUACACAACCUACCACCAACUCCCGUAUCGUCCAGCGGGUGAAGGCUAUUCGUGAGAGUGAAGAUGACCAACUUGAAUUCGCCAAACAGGCAUUCACCGAUGGAUUCCAAGCAUACGAGGGUCUAUUAGUGAAGCAGGCCAGAGGGGGGAGAUAUUCCUUUGGAGAUACUGUUUCUAUGGCGGAUGUCGUACUGGUGCCUACAGUUGACCAGGCUUUGUUAUACCGAAUGGAUUUGGAUUUCGUGCCUAACAUCAAGCGCAUUCAUUCGGCCCUUAAGGAAUUGGAGGCUUUCAAGGCUGCGGAUUGGCGGAAUCAGGGGGAUACACCGGAGAAAUUUCGGAUUUAG